AGCAUAGACUCCUGGAUCAGCCCCCGCAUACAACAUGCAUAAAUAUCACUGGAGCCACUUAUACCUUGCAUUUUCAUUUAGUAUCCUCAUUGGCCUUUUAUCAUCUAGUGGGAAGUUCACCGCGAUUGGCAGCCCCAAAGCUUUUCGAACCAGAUCAUUCGCACAUUCUGGCAAAGGUCCAUGGUGGCUCAAGAAACUGAAUUAAAUGACUAUUCCGAGCUUAUCAGCGAUAGGUGACCUGGAAAUGCGUUGCGCAGCACGCGAGUGGUGCUGCAAUUGCGUUCCUGUAGUCCGGCGCUAGAGAUAGAAUGACUAGCUCGUGACUGGUCCUGUGGCAGAAGUCUUUGGAAUAGGCGAUCAAGCUCAAACAAUAGCCGCAAAAGUGUUUAUGCGUAGACGUAACAGUCCAAGGUUGGGGUUGGAGAAAGGUAUGAAAGGAAGAAGC